AACACUGCAGUCAGCUGACUUCCAUUCACAUGACAGCACUUAUAGCAGAAACACUCUGCAGCUUUGUUCACAUUGUAGCUGUCAUUUAUUACUAUAUCAUUUAAAAUAUAAACUACAUUGACGGCUGAUGGUUUAGGCCAGAGAAGUAUCUCCUUAGCUGCCAGUUAUCUCAGCAUUUAGCACAUUUAGCAAGUGUUUAGCAGUGACUUAGCUUAGCUUAGCUAGCUGGUUGGAGCACAAAACCUUGAUUUAACUACUAAAAUCAAACGUGUCAGCAGAGUUUUGUAAACAUGGACAAGAUUGCUAAAGAUGUGGGUGAUAUCCAGUCCCGACUGUUGGACCACAGACCAGUCAUCAAUGCAGAGGUCCGCUACUUUGUGAGAGAGUUUGAGGAGAAACGUGGGCACAGGGAGAGCAGACUGCUGGAGAACCUCAAUAAAAUGGUCCCGGAAACAAAUGAGCAAAUGCUGCCCACAGAUCUAGAGGGCAUGAUGUCUGAUGUCGUUACACGGUUGGAAGCUGCUAAUCACAUGGCAGAGAGAGUCCAGCAGAGGGGGCUAGAGGCACAGCAGAGCACCCAGCUGCAGGGGAACAUGGAGCGUUUGAAAGACGAGUGGGCAGAGUUUCUGAAGGAGCAGCAGAGAUUAAAGCAGGAGGUGGAUGAGGAGCACGCCAAGGCAGUAGGACAACUCAGCACCCAGUACAGCGAGAAGAAGAAGGACUUGACCAAGCUUUCACCCCUCUGAUCAGUUGAUGUCUGGUGAGGUUGUGAGUGAACAAACCUCUCUUAUUCCACGCUCGUGUUUAUUACGGACAUCGUCUGUUCUGCACGUGCAAAACGAAGCUAUCUGCUCUGAUUGAUGCACUUGGCGGUUGGCAUGACAUGUUCUGCGCCUGCACAAGACUCAAUGUUUUCCAAAUAUGAACGUGUGAUUAACAACGCAGCGUUUCACAGGCCAUCAAACUUUCAAAAGUUUCUGUCUUUAGCACAUGGAAUUUUCACGGCACCUAAAAAGUUUCUGGAACAUGUCAUUUUUAAACAAGCAAUCAUUUGAUUGUUCCUUGGCCGUGAAGUUUUCAACAUUUCAAGAUUUUUAAUGGACGCCUGCCUGAAGGGGUGCUGAUGAUAAAUUUGCGUGGGCCUCAAGUUGAAAGGAACCUGUGAGUUUGGCACCAAGGCGAGAUAUUCUAAGCACUGAAAGGCCAGAUCAUUAAAUGUUAGAAAAGCCCUUCUGAGCAGGUGUGUUUAAAGCACAGGUCAAGUGUUUGUAGAAACGAGCUCUAACAGAACAGUUUCCAGAACAAAUCAUCCCUCAACAGGUCUCUCCGGUGUUUGGAAAAUUUGACCUCUGACAUUAACUUCAAGUAAACCAACUGUCUAUGAAAGAACUUUCACUAUAAAGUUUGAACGAUCAGCAGCAGCUGCUUUUUGUUUGCUUUGCUACUAGAAUCUGAUUUGAAUGAGUCACAAAUCCAAUAUUUUUAUUGCUGUUUAAACAGAAAAAAACAUAAAUCAGGUUUUGGUCUUCUGGUUUGAAUUUUUUUCUGGUCAUGUAUACAUAAAAAAUAGUGCUUAAGAGUGCACCUUUUAAAGGAUAACUUUUUUUCAACCUGGACCCUAUCUUCCCAUGUUUUUGUGUCUAAGUGACUAAUGGGGAUAACACUUUUUGAAAUUGGUACAAAAUUGAGGGAGAAAUCCGCUAAACAAGCUGUAAUGUAAUCAUUUGGGGCAACCUGGCACUGUCAGUUUACAUCAACUAAAAGUGUUUGUUUUUGCCACUGACAGGCUCAGAUUGUUAUUAUAAGUGUCUGACAAUAUUAUGGAAAGGACCCUACAGAGAAAUAAAACCUUUUGCUUACCUUACGCUUGAUCUGGUCCGUUUGUUUUUUGUGUGUCUCGCUUUGCUCUGAAAUCUUUCGUCGCAUCCGCAUUGUCGAAAUCAUCUAAAUAUUCAGCCAUGACACUGCAAAUCUUUUAGAUAACACUAAGGAAUGCUUUCUGUACUCCAACACAAAAAACCCUGACGUGUUUUCAUAGUUUGUCCCGGUGUCUUGUGGCAACUCCUCUCUCCACUCUCACUCACGUUUCCACCGUGGUCUCUUCCAGCAACAAGUCACAUUACACAAUGACAAACGGAAAGCCAAAGGU